UGUGUUUUUAUUAAUAAGUCUGUGUUAAUAAUAGUACUAUGUUCUGUAAAAGAAUCAUAGACUAAAAUAUAUAUGCGUAUAGGAUAAUUGAGUUGAAGGGUGAAGAAAAGUAUUUUUGAAUUUUGAUAUCGGACCGCAAUAAAAAAUUAUAUUAAAUUAUUUCUGUAUUAUGGAAGACUUAAAGGACGUUUAUCUAACUCCUUUACCAGAGUCACAAUAUGUAAAGCCAUUUCGGUUACAUUAUACUCAAAAUGGAAAGCAAAAGAAUUGGGACUUGCUUGAAGUACAUGAUAGUGUAGCUGUUAUUGUAUUUAAUGUUACAAGAAAGGUUAUGAUUUUUGUAAAACAAUUUCGGCCUGCAAUUUAUUAUAACAAUGUACAUCCAAAAGACAGACAAUCCGAUCAAAUAGAUACUAAUAAAUAUCCAGCAUCUUUGGGAAUAGCACUAGAGAUGUGUGCUGGAAUCAUUGAUAAGAAUAAAAGCGUAGAAGAGAUAGCACAAGAAGAAGUUCUUGAAGAAUGUGGUUAUAAUGUUCCUUUAAAGACAUUGCAAAGAAUCACUUCAUAUAGAUCAGGAGUUGGGGUCCAGGGUGCCUUACAAACAUUCUUUUAUUGUGAAGUUACUGAUGAAAUGAAAACAGAACAAGGAGGUGGUGUUGAUGAUGAAAUCAUAGAAGUUGUGGAAAAAACAAUACCAGAAAUAGAAGCUAUGGUGACUUCACCAGGUCCCAUUAGCAGUCCUCCAAGUUGUCUAUUUGCUCUGAUGUGGUUCUUACAUUACAAAGCUGAUCAAUUCAAGAAGAGCUAUGGCCUGUAUUGUUCAGAUUGCAAAAAACUAUAAGAAAAUUGCAAGAUUAAAUUUUAGAAUCUCCUGAAUAAAUAAAUGUUGCACAAAAUUAGCAGUAGCUAUUUAUUAUUAACGUAAUACAAGUUUUAUGCACUAGUAAACAUUGUAUGGUAUUUUCAACAGAGUAUAGAUAUACUGGUAUUAAAUGUUAUUGUUAUAUAUAUGGUACCCCAAAUCAACAUCAUGGGGGAAGCUAAUGCCAAUAGACUGCUGGGCUAGCCUACACUCGCUGGAAAGACAGCAUGAAGGGGGUAUGCGCGAAGGUAGCGUUAUUUUGACUAGGAACCCACUUUGGGUAGCGCCAGCUGAGUAAGAAAUACAUAUUAAAACAAAAGAGUAGACAACUUGAGCAUAAUUCGAAAUUGGGUGAUAAGCUUAAUGGAGUGAACACUUAAUUUAUCUGUAAUUUGAAAACUACUCAACAAAUUUAUAUGCACUUCAAGGAUUAAAUGUUUAAGUUAGCAUUUUUGUUGUCGGGCAAUACUAAUCCUCAGUAUGUAUAAAAGCAAAUAUACAGUUGCCAGUAUCUACUUGCAAUAAGACAACAUUUUCUCUCUUUAAUUUAUUUAAGUAUUAUCUCAAAGACUAUUUGAUUAAAAAAGAUUUAAAAUUUAAAUAAAAC